UCUCCGUCUGCGCGUCCCGACUUCCUGCUCUGAGGCAGGAGAGAGAAAAGCUGCGGAUCCGCUUUCAGACAGCGGGGCAGCAGCAACGGCAGCAACAGCAGCAUGGAGCCCCGACACAACACACACGCUCUGCUUUAAGAGCCAAACUCCCACGACACGCGCGGACAGACGCACAGAGAGAGAGGAGCCGCGGCCGUUCACAGCUGGUUGCAGAACCCCCGGUGCCUGUGUCGUCAUGGAGAGCUCCAUCACCCUCUGGCAGUUCCUGCUCCAGCUGCUGCUUGACCAGAGCCACAAACAUCUCAUCUGCUGGACGUCUAAUGAUGGAGAGUUCAAAUUGCUCAAGUCUGAGGAGGUGGCCAAACUGUGGGGGCUGCGAAAGAACAAGACCAACAUGAACUACGACAAGCUGAGCAGGGCGCUGCGCUACUACUACGACAAAAACAUCAUCAAGAAGGUGAUUGGUCAAAAGUUUGUCUACAAGUUUGUCUCGUUCCCUGAGAUUCUGAAGAUGGACCCUGCAGUUGUGGAGUCGGGUCACAGUAGCGAGGAGGUUGGGGGGACGACGUCAGAACCUGAAGCUGAAGAGGAGGAUCGGACUGACAGAAACCAGUAUCGCCACUCCAACUUAUACUCCUCUUUCACCAUCAGCUCCCUGCAGCACGCUUUAGAACAGCAGCGGCCAAUCAAAAAGGAGCCCAGAUGCGAGGAAAGCUCCUCCGUCAUCCGGUUCGUAACCAACGGCGGCCACUCGUCCCUUCCUCCAACACCACCUCCAUCCACGACAGACAGCCCAAAUUCCUCCGUGCUGUCUCCUCGGUUGGCCAGCUCUUUGUCCCCAUCCCAAAGCCCCGCCCACAUACGGGCAAGGGGGCAGAGCCUUAGCGCAGAUACUGAAGAUGUCGAAUGCAGUGCUCAACCUUUAAACUUGUCAUCUGGUCAGAGGGAAAGAGAGAAGCUACGGUGCACACGAACACCAGAGAGGAGGGGGUUGGCCAACAGUAACCCUUUAAAAGGCAGAAAACCCAAAGGCUUGGAAAUCUCUGCCUCUCCUCUUCUCCUGACAGGAAGUGACCUCGUCUCCAUUGCCCUCAACAGCCCGGCACUGCCCUCUGGGUCUCUUACCCCCGCCUUUCUGACCACACAGACUCCAUCUGGCCUGUUGCUAACUCCCAGUCCUCUGCUGUCCAACAUCCAUUUCUGGUCCGGUCUGAGUCCGGUGGGACCUCUGAGCCCAGCCCAACUGCAGAGCCACGCCCAACUCUUCCAGUUCCCCACACUGAUGAAUGGAGCCAUUCCCAUUCCUCCUUCCAACGUGGACACGCCCUCUCCUCUACUGCUCACGUCCAGCUCCCACAAGUCCUGAUGCCAGCAGGAAGUUGGUUCCAGAGGGGCUGAGGAUGGUCAGAUCAUCAUCAUCAAGGAGACCAUCCUAAAGCUUGGAUGAAAUUCAACCUGACUGAGUAUACUUACAGCUGAGACUUCUACCUUCAUUCCAGAAGAAACUGGAGCUCCACUCUGAGGAUUUGCUCUCUAAGAAGAGCAUAGUUUGGUUUGUAUGUUUACUUCAGGGUCCCCAUCAUACUUGUGGUAAAACAUCUGACAUGGCGUCAGUGUUCCGUGUCUCUCAUCUCGUUUGAUUGCCAGUCUCUGCCCAAAUGUAGUAAAACCUCAACAGAACACAUCUUUUCUUUUGCCAUCUUCUGUAGCCGUCGUGAGUAACUCCAUGAAUUUCUUUGCCUUGGAUGCGAAGCAAUUCUUGAACAUGUGUGAAGUAAAAGAGAAAGCAUUACAGUUGAGAAGUAGAACUGUGAAAACUUCUCUCAGCCUUCGGAGACUAAAUGCAACCCGAGUUCCCAUGUCUAGACAGCACAUUAAGGCUUUUGCUUUUUUGUGUAUUCAAAAAGUUUUAAAUGAUCAAGUAAGUUAUCAAAAUGUGUUUGAUAGCUUAAAACUUUAUACUCACUAACGGGAACAAUAGGUGUUUUCCCACCUUUUUGUUAUCUUAAAGCUAAGCUAAUUACUUUCUUGUACCUUACAUUCAGAAAUAAGUUUUUUUGCCCAAAAAAAGGUUAUAUAUAUAUAACAAGUUUAUAAUACAAAAAAUAAUUAGGAAAUUAGAAUCUAACAUCAUCAUGACGUUUUCUGUCACUUUUGAACAGAUCUGGCAUCUUUUUCUGUCACACCUAACUGCCAACAGUUUUUUAAUGACCAGUUUCUCUUUCCUGGAUAUGGAAAGGCUCAGGAUAAAAUUUUAUCAAACGCUGGAAAACAUAAAACUGGGCUACAUGAGAUGGGACCAUAAGCGACUCCUAGCAAAGCAUCUGCUAGCCAGAGUAAAACUGCAGCGUAAAAUUGAUGCACAAUUUUCUAUACUUUUUAUUAUUUUUGCACUGUACUGUACUUUUAAGCAAUCUUUGCUGUAGCUUUUAUGAUGAAAGAUUUCUGUAAAUGUGUCAAAAGCUUUAUAUCUUGGCCAAAACUGCACAAAUAGCUUUUUUUUGUAGCUGUGAAAUUGCUCCUGUUUCUUUUUGUUUGUUUUAUUUUUUAGGAAAUAUGACAGCAAAUUAUCCAUGUUAAUUAGUUUCUUAUUUUGUGUUUUAAAAUAAAUUACUUUCUUUUUCAAAAAAAAAAAAAAAAGAAAGGGGUUUUUGGUUUCCAAUGCGUUUACCUUGAAGACCUUUUCUGUCGUUAUUCAGAAAAUGACUGUUACACAAGCAUUUUAUGAAACAAAUUUUUAAAUUUUUACUUCUGAUGGUUAUGAGAAAUAAAUAGUUCCAGUAAAAAGAGUCACACAUCAACUGUUCACCGGCAGCUCAGUGUUUCAGAGAGUUUGAGUUGACAACACAGCAGGCCUUCCAUGCAUCAGGCACACACAUUUCCACACACACUCGGACAUAAAACACAUUAAAUCACCCAUUCAUCUGAAAAAAAGUACAGUUUUACAAUGAUAAAUAUUAAGCCGUUUUAGAAAUCUCCUUUCGUGCAUGUUACUGCUGUUCAUGUACAAAAAAAGUAAUAUUAGCAGAAACACAGUUUGCAGUUCACAGGGGAACGAUCCUUAAUUUAGAUAAAGUGGAAUAUAAACAAAAAAAAUAUGGAAAAAUUAGAUGUACAUGGUUCUAAUUUCCAACUUAAAAAUUACAGUAAUACAGGAAAUAUACCAUUAAUAUAAUGACUUCCUGUUUACAGUAUGUCAUGCAUGUACUUUAUUGUGUAAUCACAAUUUAAUAUCUCAAAUUAGGAGUGCAUGUUCAAACCAUUUAGAUUAAUAAGAUUUGUAUUGUUUACUGGAUCAUUGCACCAUUACCUGCAAUCUGUGUUUGAUGUUAAUAUUAUUACAUUAAUGAUUUCAGAUAUAAGUUUAUCAAGCUUUUCCAGUGCUUCCAGCACUCUUCUAGCAUGUGCUACCUAAUCUGAAACAAAGAACACUAGUGUCGCUUAAACAAAUCUUUUUCCUGUCACAAAAUACAGUUUUCAGUCGGCCGCCGAACAAAAGAGCAAAAAGAAAACUUCCCUCUGAUCCCCUGACAACUUUCAGUUUUAUCUGGAUGUUUAAUGCACUCCCAGUCUUUUAUUUUUAAUAAGCUUUUAAUAUUUUCUGAUUUAUUAGCAGUUCACCUUGUGAAGCUGUUAACGUUAAAUGUUUCCUGGUUAUGCAUUUAAAAAACAAACAAACAAAAAACCCUACGGUUACAUUUUUGCCAAGCGUUCAACAAAACUCUUAGUUAUAUUUAAAGCUAACUGGCUAAGCUAACCUAUAGCUUCAACUGCAUAGUUAUUCACACUAAUGAUGUACCUCUUAAGUCAAAAAGUAUAUAUUCUUCUUUAUACCAGAGAUUGUAACAUUUAAACAAACACUGUUUAUUGACCUAAAUUUGUUUGAAUGCAUACCUCAUCAUGUAUGUUUAGCUUCAGCGCACAGCUAGCUUGCGCACCUAAAGUUAGCAUAAAAAGAGAAAUCUGCUGAAGUUAACCUAGCAGGGAAAUAAUGUUCACUACACAUCUAAUGCUGCCUGAUAAAUUUUCACAAAGUAGAUGUCAAAACAGGGUUUAGUUUUAUAGGCAGAGAAGCGAUAGCAUUACAUUAGCUCCUGCAAACUGUACUUUCUAAACUUAGCAAAACGACCGCGGUUGAUAUUUAAUGAUGGUCAACACAGGAAAAAUCUGACCCCAGGAAUGCAAUGAACAUCAGUUGUCAUGUAAGAAACAUUCAGGGACAUUUUCUUAUUGCUACAGUAAACUUAUUUAAAAGAGAGACUCGCAAACAGGUUUAAUCAUCUUUAGCAUCACUGUCAGUUGCUAACAACACAUCAGCAGUAAAGUCUUGAGUUUUAAUCUCUGUGUUGUAAAAAUGCUGUGGCUCGACAUGAAGUGGGAAAUUGUUGCUUUUAGAGCAUCCACAUUGGUGCUGUUUUCCCGAGGAGAAGUCACAGAACACAUCUUAAUACUGUUGGGUAAACUCAGCCGUGUUGAGGCCCAUGUCCCUGAUGAAAACAAAACAAAAACAAAAAAAA